ACACAAGCCAUCGCUCUGCCUUCUGCACGGCAGAAAUUCUGCCGCUUCGGGUCGGUCCCGCACCCGAGGGCGGUGAGAACCCUAGAGCGAAAUGGGUGGCCAAAACAGUCAAAGCGCCUCGCCCGACAUCGGUUCUGGCGACCUCUUUUACACUAGUAACUUACGUUCCGAGUCAGGCAGCCCAAUCAAGCGAACCGCUGAAGAAGGAAUCGCCAGGGUUCUACAACACAGACGCCCACGCCCAACGCUUGACAAAAACGCAGUCCCACAUUCAAGACGACAGGGCGUACGAAAUGACAAGUGAGAGCGUCGGCCAAUGUAAGCGGUGUCCCCCUCAUGCAUGAUACGAUGCCCCUGUCUUGACUCUUGAGCUCUGGUAUAUAUAUUUUGUAGCCUGGGUGUUGUUGUAUCGCCCAGGGCCAAAGACUCAAUCAGUCAAUCACCCCGCCACGAAUAUUUACUGAUCCCUAAACCCCGCCGUGUUGCAGAUAUGAAGGGGAAUAAGCCCUUGACGAUUGUCAUCAAGCUGGGAACGAGCUCCAUCGUCGAUGAGAAGACUCACGAGCCCCUGCUGCCGAUUCUGACUCUCAUCGUCGACACAGCUGUGAAGCUGCGCAAAGAUGGCCACCGAGUCGUCAUUGUAUCCUCAGGGGCCAUUGGAGUUGGUCUGCGACGCAUGGAUGUUGAAAAACGACCAAAGCAUCUAGCACAGCUGCAGGCACUGGCAGCCAUCGGCCAAUGUCGCCUGAUCAGCCUAUGGGAUAGCUUGUUCAACCACUUGAGGCAGCCGGUUGCCCAGAUUCUACUCACCCGAAACGAUAUUGCAGACCGAACGAGAUAUCACAAUGCCCAGAACACAUUUAACGCCUUGCUGGAACAAGGUGUCAUCCCAAUUGUCAAUGAGAACGACACUUUGGCCGUUGCCGAGAUCAAAUUUGGCGACAACGACACCCUUUCUGCCAUUACCGCCGCUAUGAUCCAUGCCGACAUGCUGUUCCUCAUGACGGAUGUCGAUUGUCUCUAUGACAAGAAUCCUCGCACGAACCCAGAUGCCCAGCCCAUUGAGGUCGUAGAUGAUAUUUCUGCAUUGCAAGCCGAUGUAUCGAGCGCUGGCUCCUCGCUCGGCACUGGUGGCAUGAGCACAAAGAUCGUCGCUGCCCGGUUAGGAACCUCGGCAGGAGUUACAACAAUUAUUGCCAAGUCCUCAAACCCAGGAAAUGUUCUCAACAUCGUCCGCUACCUCCAAUCAAAGCGAAAGUCAUCCUCGUCAGCAUCCCCGUCCGCAGGGGAGCAUAGUGAGGAGUCCCUCUCGCGGUCAACGUCGUCUUUGAGACUAUCAACUCCCCCAUCAGAAGAAGAUUUGGCUGUCCCAUUGCACACACGGUUCUUGCCCUCAGAAGAUCCCAUCCGAGACAGGCAUUUCUGGCUCCUACACACUCCGAACCCACAUGGCACCUUGUAUAUCGACUCGGGGGCUCACAAGGCGCUAAUUGGCAAGGCGGGUCUGCUGCCGGUAGGAGUCGUCGAUGUAAAAGGCAAUUUUGCCCAACAGGAAGUCGUUCGGCUUGUUCUCGUGCAACGGCGCAGGUCUCCUGGCCCUGAUGGGAAGCUCUGGGAGGCGCCUCAAGAAGUGGGUAGGGCGAUAGUAAACUACGCAGCCGCUGAGAUUUCUCGAAUCAAAGGGCACCAGAGCGUGGAUAUCCAAAGCAUCCUGGGAUAUGCGGACAGCGAGUACGUUGUGCAUCGUCAACACGUCGGCUUCUUCAGGAGAGAGAGCCGGCCAGUAACGCCGACCCGGGAGAUUAAUCAAGCGAUGAUGGAAUAAGAUACAAAAUAGAUGGGGGGUCAAGCAAAUACAGCG